UGGGAUCUCAGAAGAAAUUUGUCUAGAAACAUGAAACAUUCUGCUAAAUAGCCUUCUGCCAGUUGGGUGUUCUGCAAAUGUGGUGGCACUGCUGUUUCCCUGAAUUAUCAGCCUUCUGGUCUUUGGGAUCCUCACCCUUUCCAAGGUAUGAACCCUUCAGCCUCAGAGAUGCACCCAUAUGAAUGCAACCAGAAAUGCUUCUCAGCCAUGGAGCCCUGCCCACCUUCAGCAGGAGACUGGGAAGCGACCGAGGAGGAAGAGGAGGAGGAGGACAGCGGUCAGUUCCUGGAUGUGCACAUGCGCCGGUCACGGACCUUGAGAGGAUCAGGUCACACAUACGACUCCUUCCGAAGGCAUAGCUGGGAGCCCGGGAAAGUGCUGGAAGAUGACCCAGAUUUUGACCAGCGAAGCCUGAGUUUGAAAGGACUAGCACCUGAUGAAAUUGACUCCACAGAGCAACUGGAUGGGCAUUCCUUGGGCAGAAGAGACCCCCGACGAGCCCCUAUUAUCCAUAGCAAUGAUGAAAUGGGAUCCCUGCUUUCUCAGGAUGAAGAGGAUGAUGAUGGCCAGGUGAUGUCUCAGGAAUGUUGCAAGAGGAAGCAGGUCUAUUGCUUGUCCCCGAGUUCCCCCUGCAGUCUUCUGCCCAAGUCUGUAUCCAUGAGUGGCAUCGACAGUUACCCGGAUGCAGAUGAAUUUUCUCUUUAUGGUGAUGAAGUCAGCCUAGCCAAUGGCUUCAGCAGUGGGAGCUGCGGGCAGCUGGACACCACCACAGUGGAGGCCGAGGACCAGGUUCACUCGCAGAAGGAAGGGACCACUCUGGGGCGCACCCUCAGUUUCCUCAGGAAGAUGACUGGGAAGUCAAAGAACAAAGAAAAAGAAAGGAUGAAGGAAGGCAAAGAUAAAGACGCCCGCUAUACCAAUGGGCACCUCUUCACUUCCAUUACAGUCUCUGGCAUGACCAUGUGCUACGCCUGUAACAAGAGCAUCACUGCAAAAGAGGCACUGAUUUGUCCAACCUGCAAUGUAACCAUCCACAACCGCUGCAAAGACAGUCUGCCAAACUGCACCAAAGUCAAGCAGAAGCAGCAAAAGGCCGCAUUGCUGAAGAACAGUUCGGCGUUGCAGACGGUGUCCCUCAGGAAUAAAACUGUCACAAGAGAGCGUCCCAAUUCUGCCAUUUACCCAUCAGAGAGUUUUCGGCAGACCUUGCUUGGACCCCGCAGAGGCCGUCCCACCUUGUCCCUUUCCAAAAGUGUCUCCACUACAAACAUUGCAGGGACAUUCAAUGAUGAAUCCCCCCUAGGCAUACGGAGAAUCCUCUCUCAGUCCACCGAUUCCCUGAACAUGCGCAGCCGAACCUUGUCAGUAGAAUCCCUCAUUGAUGAAGGAGCUGAAGUCAUUUAUGGCCAGUUGAUGAGCGACUUUGAGAUGGACGAGAAGGAUUUUGAUGCUGAUUCCUGGAGUCUGGCAGUUGACAACAGCUUCCUGCAGCAGCACAAGAAGGAAGUCAUGAAGCGCCAAGACGUCAUCUAUGAGCUGAUCCAGACGGAGCUGCAUCAUGUCCAGACCCUGAAGAUCAUGACCAACCUCUUUCGCAAGGGGAUGCUGGAGGACCUGCAGAUGGAUGCAGCUGUGGUGCAGAGCAUGUUCCCCUGCGUGGAUGAGCUCAGUGAGAUCCAUGACAGCUUCCUGGCCCACCUCCUGGAACGUCGCAAGGAGUCUCUGGCUGAUGGCAGUCGCAAGAAUUUUGUGAUCAACCGCCUGGGAGACAUCCUCAUCCAGCAGUUUUCCGGCACUGCUGCUGAGCAAAUGAAGAAGGCCUACUCGGAGUUCUGCAGCUGCCACACCAAAGCCGUCAAGCUCUACAAAGAGCUCUUCACCCGGGACAAGAGGUUCCAGCAAUUCAUCCGGCGAUUGUCACGCUCAUCAGUGCUUCGGCGGCAUGGGGUGCAAGAAUGCAUUCUCCUCGUCACCCAGCGCAUCACCAAAUAUCCUGGGCUUAUCAAUCGAAUCCUGCAAAACUCCAAAGGGAACGAAGUGGAUCAGAGAGAUAUGAGCACAGCCCUGACCCUGGUCAAAGACCUGAUCUCCACCGUUGACCAGGAAGUGCACAAUUAUGAGAAGAACGCGCGGCUGCAGGAGAUCUACGGCAGAGUGGAUGGGCGGACCAAGGCCCACCUGCCCUGGGAGCGGGGCUCCUUCUGCAAGGACGAGAUGCUGCGGCGCAAGCUCGUCCAUGACGGUGCCAUGCUCUGGAAGACGGCCACAGGGCGCUUCAAAGAUGUCUUGGUGGUUCUGAUGACCGAUGUUCUCAUCUUCCUGCAAGAGAAGGACCAAAAGUAUAUUUUCCCUACCCUGGACAAGCCAGCAGUUAUCUGCCUUCAGAACCUGAUUGUCCGCGACAUUGCCAACCAAGAGAAGGGCAUGUUCCUGAUCAGCAGCACUCCGCCUGAGAUGUACGAGGUUCACGCCGCAUCUCGUGAGGACCGCAACACCUGGAUGAAGCUCAUCCAACAGACCGUCAAGCUCUGCCCCGACCGGGCUGAUUUCCCCUUCAUUGAGACCGAGAGCGAAGCCUCUCUGAGGAAGUUGAAGGAUAAGAUUCAGCAGUGUGACCGGGAGAUUGUGGCACUUCUCGAGGAGAAAGCAGAGCUCUUUGCAGACCUCGUGACCCUUCAGAGCAGCAUGGAAGACAGCCCCGUGCCCCGGGCGAAUCCCCGCACGCUCUUUCGCAUGGAGUCUUCAGACCCCCCGCAUGGCGAGAAGCUGAUCCAGGAGGCCAUCAGAGAAGUGGAAGUUCUGAAGGAUCUCAUCAUGGGACCCAGCUGGGAUCGAGAGCAGAACCACCUCCAGACUCCCAACGGCUGCUCCAGCCCAAGCCCCAGUCACGCCACAAAUGGGGAGACCAGAAACAUUAACGAGGCUCUUGAGUUCACCAGGGUUGAGGCCGACUCAAACCAACGGGAUGGAAAUGGCAACCAGCUGCAGCCAAAAGCCGUGCAGGAGGAGAUGCUCCAGCGGCUCAAGGGCCUCUAUUCGCUGCUCCACGGCUUGCAGGGCACUGUGGCACAUCAGGACACCCUCCUGGCCCUCCAGGCGCAGGAGGCCGGGGAGUGGCGGGAAAGGCUGAGCCGCAGCAACUCGCGCAAAGAGGUCUCUGCUGACCAGCAAGCCACAGAGCUGUCGCUCCUGCAGAAGCAGCACGCCCUCUUGCAGCAGGAGCUGAACCGCUGCCGGCAGCUUGGCCAGGAGAAGGCCCAGGAGGCGGCUGCCCUGGAGGCCCGGCUGCGGGAGAGCGAGGCAGAGCGGGUGCGGCUGGAGCGGGAGGUGGACGAGGCCCGGAGACAGCUGGCUGUGCCCCGUGUGCCCAUGGAAGCCGUGUGGGUUCGGAAGGGGGCCGAGCCCCGGAGGCGCAGUUUGCCUGCUGGCGAUGCUUUGUACCAAAGCUUCACCCCUCCUCCACAGAGCCGGGGGGGAGAGCCUCUCUCACCUGGCUGCCACUCCCUGCACCGGACUUUUUCCAGUGGCCAGCGGGAUGAGGCGGCCUUCCCUGGUGUCCCAGGUCGACUGCAGGAGGAAGCGGAUGAGCAUCUGCAGGUGCUGCUGGAGGAAGAGGGCCUGGGUACCUCCCAGUCUCCCCCUUCCAGCCCCAGAGAUUUCCAGAGGAUGCAGGACAUUCCAGAGGAGGUGGAGAGCAUCCAGGAAUCCAGUGCUGGUGACGGAGGCCCCCUGGACAGUUAGAGGGUGCAAAGGGGAGAGCUGCCCCUGCCUGGCCAAAGCCAUUGAGGACGACCUGCUCCCCUGCCGGACUCCUCCUCCUCUUUGAUCAAAACCACACCAGGGCAUUUCAGGAAGACCACACCACGGGAACUUUGGCCUGGAUUGUAGUGGGGUGGGGUAGAGGCAAAGUGAGUCCCAGGAGUGGGUGAAGGGCAGGCCAUUGAGUUGCACUGUCCCCAGGGACCACCGCUGAUUGAUGGCUGCUGACAUUCACCACAGAUGAACAAAGGGUUGGGGAUCUUUCUCCCGUUCGUAUUGCUGGGUUCAAGUGGGUGCAUCUGGGACCAUAAAGGCCACUGGGCCUGGCGCAUUUGGCUGAUUCUGACCCACGCUGCUCCCUACUGUAUUUUCAUGCAGCUUAACUUUAUUUAUUUUGGAAACGGGUGGAAGCUGGCCCAUCCUUACGGAGGAUAAGUUUUAAAUUAUUAUUUUUAAGUUGUUUCUGCUUUUGUUUAAAUUUUUCAGGGGUCUCUACGAGUAUUCAGGGCAGAAAGUAAUAAGAUUUCUGGUCAGCCCCUCCACCUCAAAAGAGCCAGGAGAAGAUGGUCAGCUAAGGGGACCCUCAAGGUCCUUAAAUUCUGACACUAGAUGUGCACCUGUGUGACUCUGGUCAGCUUGGUGCUCUGGACUUGUGCUUUUAGCUUCACAAGCUGCUCUUCUGCUAGUCAGCCUUGUUUCAUUGAGGAGGCUUUUCCUUUUUGAAAUCCAGAAUUUCUCUUGAAAUAAGGUGUUUUGACAUGCUUCUUGCUCUCCCCCAAGAGAGAAAUUUGUUACCAAACACCCAACUCUGACUUGGAGUCCUCACUCAUCCUGUUACCCAUGGCAUAAAGGAGAUCUAACUCAUUCUGAAUCUGUAAAUUUACUAAGUCAAUUUUGGGAGAAUAGAUCCAGAGAGAUUUGGGGUCCGUGGGCAUGUAUAUGUUUCAGGAAUGAAUUCUCAAUACCUGUGUGGAAAUGAUGGCAUAUAUGACCGGUUAAAUCAGAAGUGUGAAGACAUCUUUUGCAACCUAUGUGGCAGUGAGGCCGCAGCAAGAACAAAACUAUUAGUACAUUGUAUUUGUACGUUCUGGGAGAGCAGGUGAAGAUCGAGUAUCCGUGCAUGGCAGGAUUGCAGUCCUUAACAAGCACACCAACCUCAGUCAGCUCCUGGGUUUGUGAAAUGGGACUCCCAGCAGGCAGUGUGCCACCCCAGUCUUCCCCACUGCAGAUGUUUCCACAGGUACAGUGAAGAAGAGGGAUCUUGUGGCGAGCACAGAGGAAGAGCAGGCCUUUCCCAGUGCCCAUCAGGGAAGGAAACAUGUUCUCUCUGCAAGACCCAGGGAUGGGGUGGCUCAAGGAAGAAAAGAACGUGGCCUUACUUUCCUAGAACACACCCGCCUUCUCCAAGCUGGUGCUCCUCACUUGGAUGUGUUGCUGGGAUCACAGGCCACUUUCAGUGUGGAAACUUAGGUUGUGCUGUGGAAAGUCAGAGUGUGCUUUUUAUUGCGGGGGGGCAGGAGCAAAGCCACAGUUUUCAGUUUUUUUUAGUGACACUUUUUAACCAAAGCUAGUUUUUUUUCUUUAAAAAAUACAUAUCAGGGGAAAAAAAUCAGGGAUUAGAAAUUGAGUUUGGAAUUGGUCUGUGUUCUAGCUUGAUUGGAAGCAAAGACCUGAACUUUUUACACUACCACUGACACAACUUGCACACCCACUGGGCUUAUGGCCCAAGUGUGCCUGGUUGAAACAAAUGCGGAAAAGGAGAGCCCCUUUUCUAAUAGAGUUUGGUUUUGAUGACCCAUUGGCAGUUAUCCCGAGAGCAAAUUCCCCCUUCAGGAGAAAUUCUCUCUGAAAAUAAAAUAAAGGCAUUGGGCAAAUUGCAAAUGGGGUCUCCCUCGUCCUUCUUUGAUUAAAGAACUCACCACCUCUCUCUUUGAGAUGCUAUCCUUGUCCAUUACUUCCCAAUUUCUGCAGGGAAUAAAUGUGCAAAAGGGAGAAACCCAGCUUGAUGCUAGAAAUUGCUCAGUCCCCUCCCAUAGCAUCCUUCUGAUGGCCAGAACCCCCCAACAACCCUGACAUUUAUCCGUGGAACUACCAUCCAAUCUGUAUUUCUCUCCCCUUAGCCAUUUUUAAAAUUCCUUUUCAAACUUUAAAAAGAAAGGGUUUUUUUAGUAAUUAAAAAAAAAAAAGAAUUCCUGCUAUGCUGACCAGUAACUCCUCUUAACAGAGAAGGUGAAAGAAAGAGAAUGUGCUACCAAGGACUUUUUUUGUUUUUAAAUUAACACAGGAGAGUGGUUUCUUUUUCUUUUUUCUUUUCAUAAAUAUAUAUGAAGAUAAAAAUGGUUUAUUGUUUUCCUGUUGAUUUAACUUGUAAAAGAAAAAGUGGACAAGAAAAGGUUAAUUAAAGAUAUCAAAGCCAA